UAGAAUUUGCUGUGUCUAGAUAAAUAAUUUUGAACGUGAUAUAACUUUGGCAUAAGUUAUAAGGCAUAAGAUAACCUGUUGUGAUGGCGCGAAACGCGGAAAAGGCGAUGACAACGCUGGCGCGCUGGCGGCAGGCGCACUCCGAGGACGCGCCGGAGCGCGCGCGGCGUCCGUACCUGGCCUCCGAGUGUGACCAGCUGCCCGACGCCGAGCGGUGGCGCAAUCAGAUCGUGCGCGAGGUGGCGCGCAAGGUGGCGCAGAUCCAGAACGCCGGACUCGGCGAGUUCCGUAUCCGCGACCUCAACGACGAGAUUAACAAGCUGCUGCGCGAAAAGAGCCACUGGGAGGCGCGCAUCAAGGAGCUGGGCGGGCCCGACUAUGCGCGAACCGGGCCCAAAAUGCUGGACCGCGAGGGACGUGAGGUGCCCGGAAACCGCGGUUAUCGUUACUUCGGUGCCGCGCGUGAUCUGCCCGGAGUUCGCGAGCUGUUCGAGCAGGAGCCGCCGCCGCCGCCGCGCAAGACGCGCGCAGAGCUGAUGAAGGACAUCGACGCCGACUACUACGGCUUUCUGGACGACGAGGACGGCGUGCUGGUGCCGCGCGAGCGCCAGCAGGAGCGGCUGGCCGUGGCCGCCUGGCUGGCCGACUGGCGCCGCCGCAAGGAGGCCGGCCUGCUGGGCGACGACGCCGACCCGGCCGAGGCCGAGGAGGCGCCGCUGGACGCCGACGACAGUGACGAGGAGGCGGAGCGGCACGCCUCGGCGCCGGCCCGGUUCGUGGCGCACGUGCCGGUGCCCUCCCAGCGCGAGGUAGAGGCGGCGCUGGUGGAGCGCAAGAAGCGCGAGCUGCUGGCGCGCUACGCCUCGGACGCGCUCAGAGAGGAGGAGGACCACGCGCGACAGCUGGCCGGGGCGGCGCCGGCCUCUCCCAAGGUCGAGAAGACUGAGACGGAGACUGAGGCUGAGGCGUAGCAGCCGGCCGGUGGGUGAGCCAUCCUGGGUGGUCCGUGUUUGGUAGGGAGGGAGGG